AUGUCUGCACCAUUUGAUUUGUUAGUUCACUUUCCUGCCUUUGACAGCUUCACAAUCAUUUCAAGACGGGAGCUUUCUUAUGGCAAAUCUUUAAGAAAAUCAGGAGCAUGGGUGGAUAGAAAAAGUGAAUCAGAAGGUUCUGUUCCACUGCUUGAGCCAGACCACAGUCCAAAUGGUUGGACUUCUCCUUCUGGAGAUGUUUUCAAGGUUAGAGGGCCUGAAUAUAUAACGACAAAGGCUAAGAUCCCUGGUGGUGAUUAUCUUCUCAGGCCUCUUGGUUUGACUGGAUUAAAGGACCAAUGCAGAUUUUAG